AUGAAGAUCUCUGCUCUGGCCCUGCUGGCCCUUCCCCUGGGCUCCCAAGCCUUUAUGCCCACGCAAUCACCCAGGGUCACACGCACAAUCGCUCUCAAUGAACGCAAGCAACAGGAUGGCUGGUUUGCCCCGGCUGCUGCAGCUGUGGCUGGUUGGACCUUUGCGGCUCAGCUUGCUUUUGCCGAUCCAGCAGCACUGUCAAGACCAGUAGAUGUUCCACAGCCAACAAUGGACAGUCCAAGUAUCUUGGUCUCGGAGAAGGUAGAAACCUUGGAUUUUUCCAUGCCUUCAUAUGGCUCGGCUACCCAAGGAGACACCACUACUGGGGCCAAGUCUAUGCCAGAGUUCAGUAUUCCUUCUUUCAACCCUUUUGGAUCAAGUGAACCAGCAGAGGAAGCUGCUGCGCCCGAAGUAGACGAAAAGGCUGCUGCCGAGACAAAAAAGGCCGAUGAGAAGGCUGCUGCCGAGGCUAAGAAAGCUGACGAAAAGGCUGCGAAAGCUCAAGAAAAGGCGGAUGCUGAAGCCAAGAAAGCUCAAGAAAAGGCUGAUGCCGAGGCCAAAAAGGCAGAGAAGGAAGCUAGACGAAAGGCAGAACUAGAAAAGCAAAAGGAAGCAGUUGAGAGAGCUAAUGCAGCAAAGAAGGCUGAUGAUGAAGCAGCGUCUGCAGGAGACGUUUCUGCUCCCGAUUUCUCCAUGCCGUCCUUUUCAGCUCCAGAAAUGCCAGAGAUGAAACUACCUGAAAUGAAGGUUCCUGAAAUGCCAAAGAUGGAUAUGCCAAAGAUGUCAUUCUCAAUGCCAAAGAUCGAUAUGCCCAAGUUGGAGCUGCCAGAUGUACCAGAUGCCCCCAAGUUUGAUGCUCCGAAAUUCGAAGCUCCCAAGGCUCCAGAAUUUAGCGCUCCCAAGUUUGAUGCUCCAAAAUUCGAUGUUCCCAAGUUUGAAGCUCCGAAAUUCGAUGUUCCCAAGUUUGAUGCUCCGAAAUUCGAUGCUCCCAAGGUCUCGCUUCCAAGCUUCGAGGCACCAAAGCCUAGUGGUGGUGGUGGUUACGAUUUCGGCGCUCCUGCCAGUGUGUCCUCGCCAGCGGAAGAUGUUGAACCACAAGAAAUUCGGGAUGGAAGAGCUAAGGAAGCAAAGAGUGUAUUUGCAGAUGCUGACAAUGAAGCCAAGGAAGCAGAAAGGGUGGCACGAGGCUUGAGAGAUGUUGCCAACCAAAAGAAGAAGAUUGCCAAAGAACUGAAGGAUGAUGCAUGCAAGACACGAUUCGGUGGCAAGUUUAUCUGUUUGCGUCCUCUCAACUCUGGCUAUUAG